UUAGUUGAUAUCCUGGGAGCUGAAUGGUCUUCGACACCAUCAUGCUGAUCCAGCUUCAGCUUCGCAGGAUGUUCGUGCUUCAAACAUCCUAAAGUCGGUUCCAUAAGGAAUGGAGAAUAUGUAUUCUGAGUGGAUCAAGUAAAGGUGAAAGGAUGGUUAUCCUGGACAGUAGUGACGUGUGCCUCUACAGAAGUUUAAAGUUUCCGAUUUGGCGCCAAAUUUAGAAUAUGUGUCGAACUGGUGAAUGUGUUUUACGAAUCUAUUCUGAUAGAAAUAAAAACAAAUUGGAAGAAUAUUCUAUGUUUAAGUGUACAGCGAUGUGAUCGAAUUUUCUCAUUAGAAAGGUCGUGACUCAUUAUUAAUAGCGAACCUUGUGACAAUUAUUCUCAGAGAAGUUAUAUUCGAGGUGACAAUAAAACUAAAUUGAUCCUUAAGUGGUAACUACCAUCGUAAAAGGAAGGAGAUUGAAAUGAUUAAAUCUGGGCUUGCAGGGAGGACAGAUAAUAAUAAGUUAGGUCCACUACAUUUUACGCAGCGCAACUAAACAUAAAUUAGAUGUACUACAAAAGAUAUUAUGAGAAGACGUUAUUCCUUUCCACACAUUAUGGGUUAUUUAAAAAAACGCCGCCUGAGCAUUCAUUAACCCUCGGCUUAAGCAGUAAAAGGAAUUAACAAAUGGAAAAUGAUGAGUUCUGUUCGGGCAAAACAUGUCCUCGGUCGCUAUUCGUCAUUUUAUCAUUUCAUGUCCAUUUAUUUGUUGCUAUAUGCUGUUAAUUCAGUGAUUAUAGUCAAUGUGAGAGCAGAAAACUUAGAGCAUAAUGGCAAAAUUAUACGAAUCACAGGCGAUAUAAUUUUGGGCGGUAUAUUUCCUAUGCAUGAGCAUAGCUUAGAUGGUGCACGGCCGGAUUAUCCUUGUGGAGCCGUUAAGGAGGAGAAAGGAGUUCAAAGGCUUGAAGCUAUGCUAUAUGCAGUUGACUUAAUUAAUGCCGAUCCACAUUUAUUGCCAAACACUACGAUUGGUGUUUUAAUUAUCGACUCGUGUAGUAGUGAUACAUAUGCUUUAGAACAAUCAAUGGAAUUCGUUCGUUACUAUAUGAAUCAGGAUAUGUCCGAGUAUAAAUGUGAUAACGGGAAAACCCCAACGUAUGUUCCACAUAAACCAGUCGUUGGGGUCAUAGGCGCUUCUUUUAGUACAGUGUCAAUAAUGGUUGCCAAUAUUCUUAGAUUGUUUAAGAUACCGCAAAUUAGUUACGCUUCAACAAGUACCGAAUUAUCUGAUAAAUCGCGUUUCGAAUACUUUAGUCGUGUUGUGCCCCCGGAUAAUUUUCAAGCGCAAGCUAUGGCCGAAAUUGUUCGAGCACUUAAUUGGCUUUACGUUAGUACAGUUGCUGUGGAGGGUGACUAUGGUGAAAAGGGUAUAGCAUCAUUUGUGAAAAUAGCAGGCAAAUUAGGAAUAUGCAUUGCGAUAUCGGAGAAAGUUUCUAGAAAUUCGAAAAUAGAUGAUUUCGAUCGGAUUAUCGAUAAUUUGAGUAAGGCCAAUGCUCGUGCCAUUGUCAUGUUUGUUGAUGAGGACAACGUAAGGAAAUUGUUACAGGCUAGCGUUCGAGCCAAUCGUACAGGGUAUUUUUAUUGGAUAGCGAGUGAUUCAUGGGGAGCUAAGGUUCAUCCGGUACGUGACCAAGAAGAGGCAGCCGUUAAUACAAUAACAGUAUUACCACAUCGAACAAAUUUAGAUGGCUUUGAUAGAUAUUAUAAGUCAUUACGGCCCAAAACGAACUCACACUCUUGUACGAGUAGUAAAAAUAUAAGACAGAGUUUGAACAGGACUGAACAUAUUAUAAACUGUCGUAAUGUUUGGUUUAAUGAAUUUUGGGAGCAACACAAUAAAUGCACGUUUGACAUGAAAGGUCCCAAAGUUUGCAAUGGACAAGAAACUGUCGACGGUUACGAUCAAGAAGGAUUGGUGCCAUUUGUUGUUGACGCAGUCUAUGCAAUGGCUCACGCAUUGCACAACAUCGUUGAACAUUAUUGUGGGCAUAUGCCCUACGUUUUGUGUGAUAUAAAAGAACAUAUUCCGGGCGGUGCUGAACUCCUUAAAUAUAUCCAUAAUGUUUCCUUUAUCGGACAACAAGGUACAAAGGUUCGUUUCAAUCAAGAUGGGGAUGCUUUUGGAUUCUACAACAUUUACCAGUAUCAGAAAAGAUCUAGCGGGAGAUAUGACUAUGUACAAAUCGGAACGUGGAAGGAAGAAUUAGAAUUAAAACGUGAUCAGUUGUUUUUUGAGCUAGGUGUGCCACGGUUAAUUUGCAGUGAAGACUGUCCAUUGGGUUCAGUGCGAAAUCAUCAGGAUCAAUGUUGUUGGUCAUGUGUAGAAUGUCGUGAAGAUGCUUACGUAAGCAACGACACGUGCGUAUCUUGUAAACCUGGUUUUGCACCAAAUGAACAUCGUACUGGAUGUAAGAAAAUUAAACCCGAGGUAAUACAAUGGGAUGACCCAUGGGCAGUUGUCCCAUUGGCUGUAUCAGUCUUUGGAAUUUUAUCAACUAUUUUCACAGCAUCAAUUUUUAUCAAAUAUAACCAUACUCCAGUGAUAAAAGCUUCAGGUCGUGAACUGUGCUACUUACUACUAACAGGAACGCUAUUCUGUUACGGAAUGACUUUUGUGAUUUUAGGCAGACCCGGCGAAGUAAUGUGCAGUUGCGUACGCUUGGGGCUCGGUUUGGGCCUCAGUAUGUGUUACGGCGCUAUACUUGUUAAAACGAAUCGCAUUUCACGAAUUUUUAAUAUGGGGGUAAAAACAGUGAAACGUCCUUUAUAUAUAUCACCACUUUCCCAAGUACUUAUCUGGAUAGAACCUCUUUUUGCGACGAUACUCGGAUCUUUAGCUAUUGUUGCGUUUCAAUUAACUGGAGCAACAUUGUGGCUUUGGUACGAUCGGGCUUCAGAGAAGGAGAUUUAUCCGCAGAGUUUGGUUGCCGUACUAAUGUGCAAAGCGUCACAGGAAUCGAUGGUUUUAUCUUUGGGUUUUAAUAUGUUACUAAUUGUUCUUUGUACGGUGUAUGCAUUUAAAACAAGGAAAAUUCCCGAAAAUUUCAAUGAAGCUAAAUAUAUUGGAUUCACUAUGUAUUCUACGUGUAUUGUAUGGUUGGCAUUCCUUCCUAUAUAUUUUGGAUCGAACAGUGAUUAUAAGAUGCAGCUUGCCAGUCUUUGCAUGUGCAUAAGCAUUAGCGCUUAUGUGGUAGUCGGCUGUUUAUUUACCCCGAAAGUUUACUUGGUGCUAUUUCAACCGGACAAAAAUGUGCGCCCUGGUCCUGGAAAUCAGCUAGCUAUGGCGGGAAAGGAAAUUCCGGGUCGGUCCUCUUCAGUGGGUUUACGUUUUCGUUCAAAUGUAUCGAAUAAUCAGCUAUCACAUACACAGCAGUCAAUUACGUCGCCGGAAAGCCCUUAUACAACAACCCUGAUGCCGAGUACAAGUGGUAUUGGGCUAAGUAUAUCACAAACAGUCAGUGCGCCCACUAUAUCCCAAACCGUAAGUAUACCGACAAUAUCGCAAACAAUGGAAUCUAAUGUUGACGAGGAAAUGUACGAAUUAAGAAAAAUCAAUACGAGCGCCGAGAUAACCAACAGUCCGAUAUCAGAGUGAAAAGGAUUAUAUCUUGACGUUGUUGUUAGACAAUUUUUUUUCAAAGUAUUUGAGCAAAUAUAUUAACAUUAGAUAUAUA